ACCCUCGCCUCGCCCAGGGCCCCCAUCCCUAGUCUCCAGGGUGGAGACCCAGGCAGCCGAGGCGGGGGGAAUGUGCUGGAAGGAGGCGGCCGCGGAGCAGUGAGGCGGUGCUGAAGGGACAGUUCCCUCCGCGAACCUUCCGCCCCCGGCCCGAGUGCAGAAGCCGCUGUGAGGCAGCCCCUACCUCCUGAGCUCGAGAGACUAGCGGGAUGUGAGCCAUGGAGGCCAUCUGGAUCUACCAGUUCCGGCUGAUCGUGAUCGGCGACUCCACGGUGGGCAAGUCCUGCCUCCUCCACCGCUUCACGCAGGGCCGCUUCCCGGGGAUGCUGUCCCCAGCCUGCGACCCCACGGUUGGCGUGGACUUCUUCUCCCGCCUGCUGGAGAUCGAACCCGGCAAAAGGAUCAAGCUGCAGCUCUGGGACACGGCCGGGCAGGAGAGGUUCAGAUCAAUAACUCGAUCUUAUUACCGCAACUCAGUUGGUGGAUUUCUAGUAUUUGACAUCACAAACCGGAAAUCUUUUGAACAUGUGCGAGAUUGGUUAGAAGAAGCCAAAAUGUACGUGCAGCCAUUUCGGAUUGUAUUUUUAUUAGUGGGACAUAAAUGUGAUCUUGUGUCACAGCGUCAAGUUUCAAGGGAAGAAGCUGAAAAAAUGUCAGCAGCCUGUGGCAUGAAGUAUAUAGAAACCUCAGCAAAAGAUGCUACAAAUGUUGAAGAAUCUUUCACAAUCCUGACAAGAGAUAUAUAUGAACUUAUUAAAAAAGGAGAAAUUUGCAUUCAAGAUGGUUGGGAAGGGGUUAAAAGUGGCUUUGUUCCAAAUAUUGUACAUUCUUCAGAAGAAGCAGUAAAGCCUAUGAAACAAUGUUUUUGCUGAAUUCAUAAGCAGCUCCAAAAUGGGUAUGAGUAGAUCAAGUGUUUGUUUUUAAAACAAAUAUCAACAUUAAGAGCAAAUUGAUAGUUAUGAAAGCAUAAAAAUCAUUGAUUUGCCUGGGUGACUAAGCAUUGUUUUUGCGUCCAUUUAUAAGAUAUUUAAUUUAACAUAUUAAGACAAUAAUUAAUAUAUUAAUAGUUAAGACAAAAAUAUCAUUUUGAAGAUUUCAAUAUUUGUAAACAAAAGUGCAAUAUUUACUUAGCAAGUUAGCAUAUCAAAACUAAAAGUUUAGUUUCCAAACCUAAAAACCAUAGAGAAUGUACCAAUCCGCAUUGAGAGAGGAAGUUCUUUACCAGGAGGUAAUUACCUGUGCUGGUGAAGUACAAUUAAAAAUAAAAAGAAAUAAAAUAUAAAAUAUUUUGGUCAGCAGUGUAUUUUUAAGCUUAAAAAAAUUAGAUCCAAGAAGCCUCAUUUCUUCAAUGAGGAUGUAGAAGGAGAAAUUCUAAUAAAAUUGUAUUAUAUCAACAUUGCAAACUAAUUUAUAGGAAAGGAAGGUGUUUAAAACAUUUAAACCUUCCAAUAUUCUUAAUGAAAGUUAGAGGAGUUUUUAUGAGGAAACACACACACACACACACACACACACACACACACACACACACCCCACAGUAAUUUAGUUGUCUUCUUGUAGCUCAUUUCCAAGAAGUACAUUUUAAUCUUAGAAAUUUUUUUACUUUACUGCAUUUUUACACCAUUUCUAUAAUUAAGUAGAAAGCGGUGACAAAUAAAAAUUAUUUCUUUUAGCAGUCCUAAUUGCAUUAUUGUUAAAUCACUAAUUAUUUUGUGUAUUAAGUACUUAUGAAUGUAUCAUCAAAAAAGGUGGAGAAUCAUGUUUUCUCCAGUCCCUUUAUCCUCUGCUUUCCCUUUCCUCUAGAAAUUCCUUAUUGGCAACCCUUAUUGGGUUUCAAAUAAUUAAAGAAUUCCUUUUUUGCUGAGGCUUUCCCUCUUACUCAGUUUUUCCAUAUUGAAAAACUACUUAGUAAUAGAAAUGAUUGGCAGAAAAUCCCAAGAAAAUUUCAGGUUAAUAAGAAGCCAUGGCUGAGACAGGGUAUUUAAAUCAUUGAAACCCUUGACUAAAUUAUUGGGAGUCUUCAUCUUUAAAAGUUUUCUUAAGAUUACAACCAGGUUUUUUCUGAUAAGAUCUGUUUCUGAACAACUCCACUGGGGAUUUCCCCAACUAAUUUCCAUCUUGUCAGUAUAUCAAUUAAGAAGGCCAGACACCUAUUGGCAGACUCUUUAUCAUGCUGAAUUAUCAAGCAAAAGAUAACUGUUAUAGUAGGUCAAAUUGUCUGGAUAAUUGCCUCAAUUAUCUAUUCUUCUUUGUUAGUACAGAUGUAGUAUAGAAAUGUAUUAAUACUAAUUCAUUUUUCUUUGGAAGUUGAAAGUGGUUUUUUCCUUCAGGAUUUGUAUUUAUGUAUUUGUACAUUUUCUAGGCCUAUUUAAGUACUCUUUUUAUAAGGGCUUAUAGAGAGAAAUGAACAUGAAUUAACAUAGAACAAAAUUGUUUGAAAAUUUCUGUCUAUAUUCCACUGACCCAUAAAUUAAUUAUGAUUGAAGAUACAUUUCAAAUAAAAUUGACCAUUUAUGAAAAAAACCAGACCAGAAAAAUGGGAAGUAAUUAUAGUUUAAUCUACUUUGAAUAUUAUGUGAUUUUAAUUAUAUAUUCAAGUAAUUUAUUUGGUAUGAGUUCAUAUAUUGAAUCUCUAUCAACAUUUUAAAUUAAUGAUGUCAUCUCAAUGUGUACCACAGAGAUAUGUCUCCUUAGAUGAGCAGCCAAAAUUCCAAAGUGCUUUUGUUAUAUAGUAGAAAACAUAUAUAAUGCUGACUUAGAACUGGAUUAAUGGCUAUGAUGUAGGAUUACAUUUAGAACAGAAUUCCAAGCUCCAAUCUUUGAGAUCAUCUAAUCCAACAAAUAAAGAAACUGAAGCCUUGACAAAACAAGUGCCUUGUCCAAGUUUACACAUGGUUGUUAGUAGCAAAGCCUGGACAAAAAUUCAGGAGUCAAAAGUACCUUUUUGACUCUAUCAUACUGCUUCUCAUGGGAGUCGGACUUGGCACAUGAUAUAACUUGCAACUAUGCAAUGAGAAACAGGUUAGAAUGGGGUUAAAUUAUAUGAUGAUAAAAUAGGGGAAUACAUAUGCAAUAAAAUCUAAAGAACUGAGAAUUCCAUUUCAAUUCACUUCUAUAUGAGAUAAACUUAGUUGUGUGGAAAAUUCUUUUUUCUUAAAUAGUAUUACUGUGGAUGUGGUCAGUAGGGUCAUGCCAGUAAAUCUUUCUGGUUCUAUUCAGGCCAGUGGUUUCCUGGAAGUCAAUUAGCCAUUUCAUUAAAAUUUUUUUUUUUUUUAAAUGAUGAUGUCCUGAUUACUAAAUGUCAUAAAUCAACCAGGAAGGAAGGAAAGAAACAGAAGGAAAAAAGAAAAAGAUAGAUAUCCUGGUAUUACCUAUGUAGUAAUAAUACACUCCUUGAGAGAUACCUGCUUAUAUGGGGGUGCAUUAAUUCAGACCACUAAGGUAGCAUUUAAUGAUGUAACAAUUCAUUAAAUGGAAUACUUGAGCCAAAAUGGUUACACAUUGCUAUAUAGAGUUGUAAAUAUAGUCCUUUAAAAAUCUAUAUGCAUACUUAGCAAAAAAAAAAGCUUUCUUAAACAUCUAAAAAAAAUCUUAACACUUCAAAAUUUCUUAUAAACAUAUUGUAUGGGUUCAAAAAACCCUUUACCUCAAGUAUGCCCUGAAUGGACUUCAUUUUGGGAGGUGGGAAGUGAGUACUUUUCUAUUUGGUUCUUUUCCAUUUCUUUUCUAUUUAGUUUCUUAAAACAAAAAUUUCACCUAAUAGACCUUUGAAUAAUUAUUAAAUCAAAGGUUUGAAUUUACAAAAGUAGCAUUUUAACAAGAGGUUUGGGUUUUUUGUUUGUUUUAGUUUGUUCUUUAUUCUAGUGCUUUUGGAACACAUUCAACUUCCCAUUUAUUUCUAAGUAUGCACUGUAUUGAGCUGAUACUCUGAGUGUAUGAAGUAAGAUAUUAUAGGCUUGUAACAAUCAUACACCAGUACAUAUUCUGGCUUUUUAUUAACAAAGAACUGUGCCUUUAGUUGUUUAGUCAUACAGAGGGUAUAUGAAAGUUUGGGGGGAAGGAGGAAGGAAAACUUUUACCACUAUAGAGUUAGGCCCUACUAUUUUAAAAUAAUAGAAUACAAUACCAAAUGUAAGUCCAUUGACUUCACAUAUGCAAGCUGUGUCCUUUCCUUCAAACAUGUCCUCAAAAUUUAGUUCAAUCCAGAAGCUUUCAUUUAGAAAGUUGAAAUGAGCUACAAUUCUCCAUUGGACCCUAAAAUAACUAGCAAACCACACGCCUGAGCCUAAAUGAAUAAACUAUCAUUUUUAUUUCAACAAGCUUAAUAAUUUCUACAGAUCAACAUGAUCGAUUCAGCUAUGACAAUCAUAAUGAUAAUGAACAGAA